AUGUCGAUUAUAUUAUUGAUUUUAUUAUUAACAUUUUCCAGUCUAUUGAUCUAUUAUUUCUAUUUAAUUGGCGAACGUUAUAAAUAUUUUAGUCGACGAAAUAUUUCUACACCAUGUUUUCAAUUAUUUUUUGGACAUUUUAAAACAUUAUGGAAUGCUGAAUCAUAUCAUCGUCAACUUCAGUUUUGGACAAAACAAUAUGGAAAAAUUUAUGGAAUUUAUGAAGGUACUCAUCCUGUAUUUGUUGUUAGUGAUCCAGAUUUUCUUCAAGAUGUUUUUAUUAAACAAUUUUCGAAUUUUCAUGCUCGAAAGAUUACUAUGCUAGAUAGUGUUAGUCAUAAUAUUUUUUUUACAAAUGGAUCAGAAUGGCGUCGUCAACGUCAAGUUAUCAAUCCAUCAUUUACUACAAUUAAACUCAAAACAAUGACUCCACUUAUUAAUCAAUCUAUCAAUGAUUUAAUGGACAAAUUAUCUCAUCAUUCAAACAAUUCUCUUGAGUUUAAUAUUUAUUUAUAUUACAAACGAUUAACUAUGGAUGUUAUAUGUCGCUGUGCAUUUGGAAUUGAUAUUGAUGUACAAACUAAUCCAAAUCAUAUUUAUUUUAAAAAAGUUGAAGAAUUUUUUGAUAACAAUGCUGUUUUAAAAAGUCCUUUAUUUAAAAUGACUCAAUUAUUACCUGAAAUUGGUUGUAUUCUUGGAAGAUUAUAUUUUACUUAUAAUACAUUAAUAACAUAUAUUAAUAAAAAUAUUUUACCAUUUAUAUCAUCAACAAAACAAUUCGAUGAAUCACCAUUUAUGUGGCUUCUUAAUCGAUUACAUACAAUUGUUGAACAACGACAACAAACACCUACAUCAAGAUCUGAUCUUCUUCAACUUAUGUUACAAGUUAUGACUCAACAACCUAGUCAAAAUUUAAUGGAAAAUCAUAUGAAAUCAAAUAAUUGGUUAUCAGAAGAUGAAGUAAUAGGUAAUACUCUUAUGUUUAUGAUAGCAGGAUAUGAAACAACAUCAACUGCUUUGGCUUAUGCGACCUAUGUACUUGCUAAACAUCCAGAUAUUCUUAAAAAACUUCAAAAUGAAAUUGAUGAAUUUUGCUUGAAUAAUGAUAUUGAUGAUGAAAAAAUAAAAGAAUAUUUUGAUUAUGAUACAAUAACACAAUUAUCAUAUAUGGAUAUGUUUAUUUCGGAAGUAUUAAGAAUGUAUCCAAUUGCUAAUAUUGCUAUUCAACGACGUGCCAUGGAAAAUACAAUUGUACAAGGAAUUAAUAUUGAAAAAGGUACAAUAGUUCAUGCUGAUGUAUAUUCACUUCAUUAUGAUCUUGAAUUAUGGGGUCCUGACGAUCCAUCGAUCUUCUUACCUGAACGUCAUAAAAUCAAACGUCAUUCAAUGUCAUUUAUGCCAUUCGGCGCAGGUCCACGACAUUGUGUUGGUAUGCGUUUUGCAUUAAUGGAAAUAAAAAUGUUAUUAACAAAACUUCUUCGACAAUAUACGAUUUUACCAGGUGAACAUCUCGAAAGUAAUUUUAAUAUUAAUGAACAAGCAGUUAUUGCACCACAAGCUAUUUGGAUUAAAUUAGUCAAGAGAGAAACAUAA